UUUCUCGUUUAGCGGUUUCGUUUUUAUUCCGCCCCCAUCAGAAUCUUCCACGGAGAUAAGAAGCGUGCCAUUCGCUUUCAUCUUCACUAUCCGUUUGCGCCAUAGAAAAAAAAUUAUGGCGUUUCCAACAAUCUGCUAUAAAUGUAAUAUAUGUGAUUAAAAGGAUUUAUUAAGAUUCAAGAGAAUUUGUGUGUGAUAGCUGACUGAAGUAAGCUUAUGACUCUGGUCCCUCGAAAUAAAAACGCGACAUAGAUAUUUCCUCGCAGCCACCGUACAGUAACCGUUUGCGCAUGCGCCCUUUUCAAGUCAACAAUGGCGGCCUCCGUUGGUGUGUGUAGGUUACACACGAGGGGCUCGGGGAAGCUUAUUAAAGGUUGUCUUGGAGCGGUACCUCAAUCAAAAAGAAGAUUGGCUACAACUACAUCACAUUUGAAAGCACGAGCAGUAAAACAAACAGCGACAUCCGCAAAGGAGAUUAAAUCAUUCCAAGCAAUACAGGAAGAAAGAAGAGAACAAGCUGAAAGAUCGGUCUUAAUCAGCUGUCCGGCUAAAAUAAACGAAAACAAGUUUUUGGAUGACCUGUCAAAACAUGGGACAAUCAACAAACAUUUUUUCUACAACAGCUAUGGAACAUAUGCUGUUGUUGAAUUCUCCAGCAGAGAGAGCAUCAUCUCAUUGAAAGAGAGAACUAACAUACCAGCUGUUCAACAUGAAGCCGCUGUACCAUUCAAAUCCCGAUUGCUUACAGUCAAACAGACUGGGUCUGGGAGUAAUUCUAUGCCAAAUUUCAAGGAGCAUUCCCCACCAACCAUCAAUGACAUUAUUAAACUGCUCUCUGAACAGGACAGUAUAGAUGAGCAACUGCUGUGUCUAACAGAGGCCUUAGAGCUUACAGAAGAGAACAUCAGCCUGCGCUUCUUGGUCUGCUCUCUUCUUAGAGACAUAGCGGCUGCGUAUUUCCCAGAAUGCAUUAUCAGGCCUUUUGGCUCCACUGUGAACAGCUUUGGAAAAUUGGGUUGUGACCUUGACAUGUUUCUGGACCUCGAUGGCAUCUAUGCACCAAGCCAAAAAUCGGGUUCAGGUGUCUCUCUGGAGUACCAGGUAAAGAGAGGGGCAUCAGAGCGGGUUGUCACCCAGAAUAUCCUCUCAGUCGUUGGGGAAUGUGUAGACAAGUUUGGCCCUGGAUGUGUUGGGGUCCAAAAAAUUCUCCAAGCUCGAUGUCCUCUUGUCCGCUUUGCUCACCAGCCCUCUGGCUUUCAGUGUGACCUUACUGCCAAUAACAGGGUGGCGAUGAAGAGUUCAGAGCUGCUGUUUUUGUACGGGACCCUGGACCCUCGUGUUCGGCAUCUGGUGUUCAGCGUGCGGUGCUGGGCUCGGGUUCAUGCCAUCACAAGCAGUAUUCCAGGACCAUGGAUCACCAACUUCUCUUUAACGGUCAUGGUGUUGUUCUUUCUACAGCAGAGGAGUCCUCCAAUAUUGCCCACCCUGGACCAGUUGAAGGACCUGUCAGGAGCAUCAGAUAAGUGUGUCAUUGAAGGUAAUGACUGCACUAUUGUCAGUGACCUCAGCAAGAUUACGGUGCAAAAUAACACUGAUACAUUAGUGACACUGUUGCAGGAGUUCUUUGAGUUUUAUGGCAAUUUUCCCUUUAACAAGGCAUCAAUCAAUAUUAGGAAGGGAAAGGAUCAGAUCAAACCAGAAACAUCCGCUUUGCACAUCCAGAACCCAUUUGAAAGCGCUCUGAACGUUAGCAAGAACGUUAACGCAACACAGCUAGAACGUUUUGUGGCACUUUGUCGGGAAAGCGCGUGGCUUCUUCAGCAGAGGGAGGUUCUUAAUCGAAGUUCUAGCCAAUCGGCCGAAUCCUUCUCGCCGUGGGGAUUCGCCGCUCUUCUCCUUCCUUCAGUCACUGCAGGAGCAGGGGUGAAAAGUCGCAGGAAGAGAAAACUGGAACCAGCUAGCUCAAGGAUAAAAAACCUGUUAGACUCUCUAAAGAUCAAAGGUGCUGACGGCGCUGCUAAGAAGGGAAGUAACAAUCAUAGGAGGUGAUAUCUCUGACAAAUGUUUCUCACCUUGAGAAAAAAGGGUAAAAUGGUUCGGCUAUUAAGAACUCGGUUUUUAAAGUCCAGUGUGCUCAACAUGGAAACACGAGAUGUGUUUAUAUACAACACAUAUAUUUGUACAUUCAAAGUAAAUAAACUGUGUGAUUAAAAUUCAAACAGUCACACGGUGUUAUGACAAGACAUGAUUUCCCUUUUUAAGAAACGUAUACUAAGCUCAUUCUCCGUACCACUAAGUGUUUUACAUGAAAGGGAAACUCUGUAGAUCACACAUCAUGAUAGAGCAUAUAGGAGGCAGAAGUCUACUGCAGUAUUUGACUUCUACUGGAGCUUGAUGGUUGUUGUGCUGGUCUGAUAACAGCAGUCAUUGCUGUCUCCGUUGCAGUGGAGCAGAACCUCUGAACGAUAAAUGGCUUUCAUAGAGCAGAAGCAAAGUUUUAAUUUAGUUAGAUCACACACAGACUCCAUCCUCUCAGCGUUGCCAUACCAACACUGUGGCCUAAUGACUGAAUGAGAUGUUAUGGAAGCAGCAUAGGUGACUUCAGUCUGUGAUGGUGUAAUGAGAAGCACACAAAGAAUAAAAGUUUCUGUCAAGCAGUGUACAUAAAUAUUCAACCUGUAAUGGUUUGUUUUUUGUUUAAAGAUCUUGUGAAAUCACAAUGAAUGUUUUCUGGCUUUUCGCCAAAAAAAAAAAAAACAUCUAUAUGAAGAUUUUCAGAUGCAAAACCCUUUAAGUGCCUCUGACAUUUUUUGGUGGUGAAUCAACAUUUUUUUAUCAGACUUGUAAUGGUUUCUGCCAGGUGUUCCUGAAAGACCUGAGGUCGGGAUUAAGCGGAUUUGAAGCGAAAAUAUUUGAUGCAUGUAUAAUAUGUGCAGAUAGCAUUCGGUUAAUGUCAUUAUCUAAUUUUUUGAUAGAGGUGGCAUUUAGAGGCUUUUGCAUCUGAGCUCUUUAUACUUUUCUGUAGUCCUAAAUGUUGAGGAAACUCUUUUUAACCGGAUUUGAAACUUACUAACUUAUUCUUCAGAGCAAUGACACUGAUGAGUCAUCAUGCACUAACCAAAUUUUUGUCCAAUCAGAUGCUUUCUAGAAUGUUAAUGUCACUCCUCCACAUGCCACUACAAAAAAUGCAGCAUGAAGUUAAAACUUGGUUUUGCAAGUCAAUUCAACCUACUAUUUAAAGUUUUGACUUAAGUUGACACAACUUAUUUGACAAAACUAGUUGAAAUUGUUUAACUUGAUUUGUUAAGUUAAAGUAACAUAAAAAUAUAUGUUAGUAUUUUUUACAGCGUACCUAGUCGUGGUUUGUGGAUGUGACAAAACUAAAUCCUUUUGGCUUCUUAGUCGGAAGUUGUGAUGUUGGUUUUUAAUGUAUUUGUGAAAUGUCUGCGUGAAACAACUUUUGAUAUGAGAAAAGUGUAGGGCGGGGAGUUUUUAGUCUUUCAGGAAUUAAUGGAUUGAUGGAAGUCUGGCCAUUGGACUGUCAAUAUAGCCCCGCCCUCAGGCUAAGAUAUACAGCAUCAACAGAGGAGAUAAUAGGCUUGUUCUACUAUACAUGGGUUUCAGCUGGCGUCACUCUCUUGUCUUCCGCCAUUUUGAGGACCUGAAGUGGUCGCAAAAGAACUAGAAG